AUGUUCUUAAUCAUUUACUUGCACGAUCACGAAAAUAGGUCUCACGACUCUGUUAAAUGUGAAUUCGAAGCUCAGGUAUGUUUUCCAUUUAUGUACUAAAUAUACUUCAUUGUUUUAGGCUACAAUAAAACAGCUCCAGGAAGCAAUUCUCUCUAAUUUUCAUAUUGCGGUUAAUUUUCAACGGAUAUUCGAUCGCUAUGCUCGUCGCAUCGAUUUAUUAACUAACUCAUUGGAAAAUGCAGGACUUCGAGAUGGCGAUACAUUAAUUCUGGUUAGUUAUUUUGACAUGUAAUUCUCAUAUUUUUUAAAAGCGAGAACUAAUUUUUUUUUUCAUUUUUCCUUUUCGAGUUAUCAAAGUAGAAUUGUGUUUUUUGAGAUUCAAAAAAGUGCUAAAUUCUUACAUAGCUAGUGGAUUCUGUAAAAUUGCUCUCGAGUUUAAUAAAAUUAUUAAAAUUGCUCUAUAAAAUUGUUAACUUUCAGAAACAUGCUGAUCUUCCAUGGUGGAUCGAGUACAAAGAAUGUGUUGAGUUGGUGUUGAAGCAGCGGUCGGACAAAGUUAAAAUCGCAAAAGAAGCUGUCCCACAUCACGAACGUUUAACCAAAAGCGGAUUCUUCAAUGCCUACGCCCAAUUCAACAAAUUUCGAAGACAGAAUCAUACAAAAGUCGCUGCUUGGACCGAUGGUGAUGUGGGAUUGAUUCGUAAAGCGACGGAGGAAUACUUCCACAAUCUCCAUGAUCAGAAGAAAGGAAAUGAAGAAUCCACAUUCACUUGUUAUUUCGAAGAACGAGACGCGGACUUAGGAGGCAGGCCAACGAACACACUUGCCUUUGUACAGAUUCAUGGAGAAGAUUCGGUUUCGAAGUUCAACGUUAAGUAUGUUUUCUAUUCAUUCAUUCAAGAUCCAUUUCUGUUUAGAUGCCAUCAUUAUGGCCCAAAAGGCUUGAGCUCAGGCCAGGUGCCGGACGUCUCCGAAUUUUAUUGCUAUAAAUUAUUAGCAUUAAUCGGUGUCGGCCCCAAAUCUCAUAUUAUUCCUCCUAGCAUAUCGACUGGAACCAAAACGAGCGCGUAAGGAUUUUACAGCUUUGCGUAUACAUAUACAUCUUUGCAUAUUUCAGAUACAUUGCUACUCAAUGGGACGUCAGAUUUGAGCUUCUUGAAAACGUUAUUGAUGAGAACAGCCUUUGCGCGGAUGUCGUUGUGCAAUUAGUUAUGCUAAGAGUGCUCCUAUUCAUUUCUGAUCUACAUGAACAGAACUGUGGUUUGUUUUAGAGUCUGAAAACUAUAAUAUAAUUGAUUUUAGGAAGGUGGAAAGGGACGCAGCACGCCGCAAUUGUUAACUUUGCCCCGACAAACGAUUUCAAGAUUUAUGAAGAUAUCAAAAGCGAACUGAUCACAACUUUUCCGCACAAAGAAUGGAAGAAACAAUAUUCUGCUGUGAAAAAUGAACACGACGACAACUCCUGGUUGAAGAUCGCAAAGGUGUAUUUGGAUCAGUGGGAUCUCGCAAACAAGAUCGAAUUGGCUCGUGAACAAUUUGAUCCAACUAAAGGCAUCCUUAAAAGGCUAGAAAUUGGCUUCAAGAAACGGCAAUUCCGGGUUAGUCCCACCGACGAACUGGACGAAUACAUCGACACAUUGCAAAAAAAUUUGGAGCAUCUUCAGAUUAUUUUAAAUUCGGUUGUUUAG